AGUGCGCCUCUCCAGCCGCAAGGGCAACAUGGCUCUGGCACGGCCGACGUUGCUGUUGUUGCUUACCGAUCGCUUGCUGCAGGCGCCCCGCCGGAUCCUGUCGGUCCGCGGUCCCGAGGAACCCCUGACAGUGGUCCGAAUUCCGCGGGCUUUACAGCGGAGGCAGGCACAGCGACGGAGCGGGUGUCAGAGUGCUAAGCGGCCAGUGUUAGUGAGACCGGGACCACUGCUCGUCUCCGCCAGACGGCCCGAGUUGAACCAGCCAGCGCGCCUCACGCUGGGACGUUGGGAGUGCGCAACGCUCGCCUCGCGUGGCUGGAGACAUCGGCGCGCGCAUGGGGACUAUUUCUCCAUCGAGCGCGCACAACUGGACGUGCCAGCGCUGCGACACCUCUCGUCCCAGGACAGCUUCGCGGACCUGGGUCUGGAGUCCCGAGUGCUGCGCGCACUGCACGAUGCUGCUCCUGAAGUCGUUCGACCCACCACUGUGCAGUCACGCACCAUACCCCCGCUGCUUCGCGGCCACCACCUCCUUUGCGCCGCGGAAACUGGCAGUGGCAAGACUCUAAGCUAUCUACUUCCACUGCUGCAACGGAUCCUUGGUCGUCUGGUUCUGGACAUCCACCGUGUACCUGCUCCCAGGGGUCUGGUCCUUGUGCCUUCCCGAGAAUUAGCGGAACAGGUACAGGCUGUGGCCCAAUCACUGGGCAGCUCCUUGGGCCUGCAAGUGCAGGAGCUAGGGGUAGGCCAUGGCAUGCGUAAAAUUAGGCUGAAACUGUCCAAACAACCUUCAGCACAUGUUCUAGUUGCCACUCCGGGGGCUCUGUGGAAGGCCCUGAAGAGUCAACUGAUUAGCCUGGAGCAACUCUCUUUCAUGGUGUUGGAUGAGGCAGACACGCUGCUGGAAGAAAGCUUCCUAGACCUGGUGGUCUACAUCUUGGAAAAGAGCCAUAUAGCCCAAGACCCAGCUGACUUAGAAGACCCCUUUAAUCCCAAAGCUCAGUUAGUGCUGGUUGGAGCCACAUUUCCUGAAGGUGUGAGCCAGUUGCUGAGUAAAGUGGGGAGCCCAGGAUCUCUCACCACCAUCACCACUUCACAGCUCCACUGCGUCAUGCCUCAUGUCAGACAAACAUUUCUGAGGCUGAAGGGAGAAGAGAAGGUGGCACAGUUGCUACAGAUCCUCAAGCAGCGUGACAAAGAAGAGAAACCUGCAGCCACAGGAACUGUCCUGGUGUUCUGUAACAGCUCCAGCACUGUUAACUGGCUGGGAUAUAUUCUGGAUGACCACAAAAUCAAACACCUAAGGCUUCAGGGACAAAUGCCAGCCUCGAUGAGGGCAGGUAUCUUCCAGUGCUUCCAGAAGGGAUCCCAAGACAUACUACUCUGCACAGACAUAGCCUCUCGGGGCCUAGACAGCACCCAUGUGGAGCUGGUUGUCAAUUAUGAUUUUCCCCUCACCCUGCAAGAUUACAUCCACAGAGCAGGGAGGGUGGGCCGGCUUGGAAGUCAGGUGCCAGGUGCAGUUGUCAGCUUUGUGACCCACCCGUGGGAUGUGAGCCUAGUGCAGAAGAUUGAACUGGCAGCUCGUAGAAGGAGAAGCCUUCCAGGACUGGCAUCCUCUGUGAGAGAGCCUUUGCCUCAGGAAUCUUGAUUCUGGCUCAGUCAAAUGUGAUUCUGGAUUAGGGAUCUUUCUUGGUAUCCUGUGUGGGUGAAUACAUUUGUCACCUAGGCUGCCUUUAAUACCUCUCAGGGCCUGGUGAGCUGCUAGUGAUUUGAAAGAUGAGGUACUGGCCAGUAUUGGAGUAAUGGAGCAUUGGACCAAAGCAGCAUACUCUUUCACAUAAAAUGUGAAGAAUAAAAUAGAUUUUGGUUUUA